CUAGCUCUUGCCAUGUUUGUCACUGAGGGCUCCCUGGUGGCCGCCGUCUGGUCAGCGCUCCAUCCUAGGACUCUGCUGCUGGCUGCUGUCACUUUCCUGCUCCUGACCAACUUCCUAAUAAACAGGCGCCCCAAGAACUGCCCUCCAGGGCCCUGGCGCCUGCCCUUUGUGGGAAACUUGCUCCAGUUGGAUUUGGAACAGUCGCAUCUGGCAGUUCAGCAGUUUGUGAAGAAGUACGGAAACCUAAUUAGCCUGGAUUUUGGUAACAUCCCUUCAGUGGUCAUAACUGGACUGCCCUUAAUAAAAGAAGCUUUCACUCACAUGGAACAAAACUUCUUGAAACGCCCCAUCACACCUCUCAGAAAACGUGUCUUUAAUGACAAUGGAUUGAUCAUGUCCAAUGGUCAGACAUGGAAGGAGCAAAGGAGGUUUGCACUAAUGACACUCAAGAACUUUGGAUUGGGAAAGAAGAGCUUAGAGCAGCGCAUACAAGAGGAGGCCCUCCAUCUUGUGGAAGCCAUAGGAGAGGAGGAAGGACAGCCAUUUGACCCUCACUUCAAUAUCAACAAUGCAGUUUCCAAUAUCAUUUGCUCCAUCACCUUCGGGGAGCGCUUUGAGUACCAUGACAGUCAGUUUCAGGAGAUGCUGAAGCUACUGGAUGAAGUCACGUGUUUGGAGGCAUCAAUGAUAUGCCUGCUCUACAAUGUCUUUCCAUCCGUAAUGAAAUAUCUUCCUGGAUCACACCAAACAGUUUUCAGAAACUGGGAAAAACUGAAACUGUUUGUGUCCCACAUGAUGCACAGUCACCAGAAAGAUUGGAAUCCCGCUGAACCGAGAGACUUCAUUGAUGCUUUCCUCACAGAAAUGUCAAAGCACCCAGACAAGACUACAAGUUUCAAUGAAGAAAACCUCAUCUGCAGCACUCUGGACCUCUUCUUUGCUGGAACAGAGACAACAUCCACGACCCUGCGCUGGGCUCUGCUCUACAUGGCUGUAGACUCAGUAGUGCAAGAAAAAGUACACACUGAGAUUGACAGAGUGAUUGGCCAUGGGAGGCAGCCAAGCACAGCUGACCGAGAGUCCAUGCCCUACACCAAUGCUGUCAUCCAUGAGGUGCAGAGGAUGAGCAACAUCAUCCCCUUGAAUGUUCCCAGGGAAGUGACAGCUGAUAGCACACUGGCUGGAUUCCAUCUGCGGAAGGGGACCAUGGUCCUGACCAAUUUGACUGCACUGCACAGGGAUCCCAAAGAGUGGGCCACCCCAGACACCUUCAAUCCAGAGCAUUUUUUGGAGAAUGGACAGUUUAAGAAGAGAGAAUCCUUUCUGCCUUUUUCAAUGGGAAAGAGAGCCUGCCUGGGAGAACAAUUGGCCAGGUCUGAGCUGUUCAUUUUCUUCACUGCUCUUUUGCAAAACUUUACCUUCAAGCCCCCAGUCAAUGAGAAGCUGAGCCUGAAGUUCAGAAUGGGCCUCACCCUUUCCCCAGUCAGUCACCGCCUGUGUGCUGUCCCCAGACUGUGAUGCUGGAGAAGGAAAGUGUAAAGAAAAGAAGAAGGGGUGAAAUGUACCUCAAACUCAAUCCACACAGAAGAGGAGAUAGGCUGAAGGCAACGAGAAAAGAGGGGAGGAGUUGGAGUAAGGAAACUAAAUCAAAUUCCUAGACUGCUUGACCCACAAAUUAAUGUUGGUCAUCGAACUUAUGAGUUCAGAAAGGUUUCUGAAGGAAUAAUGACUAUUUCUAUUAUAUA